AUGGCGGAAUGGGAGGCUCGGUGGGCGGAGCAGCAGGUGCCGGUCCGCACGCCUGUUCGGAUCAGAAACCCGCGGGAGGCGCUGGAGAAGCAACACCUGAUGGGUCGACUUCAUCGGAUAGAGCAGGAGGGCGCACACGACGACGGGGACGACGUCGCUGGACCGUACGGGAAGCCAAAGGCGGUGGGCACCACGGACAUGGACGAGUUCACGUCGAUUUUCGCGCGGGCGAUGGCCGAGUCGGACUCGUCCCCGGAGCCCGCGUCGCCGUCGAGCCCCGACGAGCCCGAGCCGCGCGACCCGGGGAGCAUGCUCGCGGACCUCGCCCUCGUCGACGCGGUGUGGGAGCGAAGGUCGAUGAUACCCGAGCGGCGCGACGCUCGCGGCGCGACCAAGAUCCCCGUCGCGGACGAAGACGACGACGACGCGCCCGCAGCGCCCGUAGCGCCCGCGGAUAGAUGGGGCGCGCCCAUGGUCGAGCCCGCCGCGCGCGUCGGCAUCACCGACGCGGCGUCCAAGGCGGUCGUCGGGUCGCGCGCGAUGGACGCCAUCGCGGGUAACCUGGAACGGCUCCUCCGCGACUCCUCCGAGAUUGAACCGCUCGAACCGUUCGAAUCGCUCCCGCUGCACUUCGCAUCGAAGGGACGUCCGCUGUACGAGGCGUGGGACUUCAAGCCCCUCGCGCCGCCGCCGCCGAGGCCUUCGGCGGUGAUCGCCGGCGCCCUCGACGUGAGGGGGGUCCACGGGAUGGACGGAAUCACGAACGUGAUCAACGUGGCGCCGCGGGAGACGGAACCUGAUGAUCCGCUGAGGUUCGACGUCGUCGGCGAUAGGUUCGGCGACGUCGCCAGGGCGGACGCCGCGGAACGGCGCCGAAACGGCGAGAGGCGAGCCAAGGUCAACUACCUCGGCACGGUGGCCAAGGUGCUCACGUCGGAGAUGGACGAUUUGCUCGAAAACUUGAGGCGUCGCGAGGCCAACGCGCAUCGCGAAAUAUCCAAAGAGGAAGCCGCGUUCCGACGAAGGCACGCGGAGGCGAAGGAGGCUAUCGGUAGCUGGCACGAGCAGGUGGUGAUAUCGUGGGACGCGGAUCUACGGGCAGAGUUCGACGGGGCCGUGAGGGACGCGUGCGAGGCUGUGAUGGACGACAUGAUGGAGGAGCUGCGGUGGCGCUUUGGCCGGGAUAUUCGCAGCGCGGCGCUGAAAAUCCAGUCGUGCUUCCGGGGAUGGAAGGCGAGACGGCUGGCGAAGAUCCGGCGCAAAGGGCUCGCCGCGGGGUUGGCGUACCUCCGAAACACGGCGCUGUACGUUAGGUUCGGGUUCUGGAGGCACAACGCGGCGGCGAUGCGUCGAAGCAGGCUGAUGCUGGAGGCUGCGGAUAAGCGCCGGGUGUUUGCCCGGCGGCACAAGGUGUUCCUGGGCUGGCGCGACGCGGCGAGGAAGGACAAGGCGUUUCGUCUCCAGUGCGAGGAACUGGGCCGCGCGAUGGCGUACCGCCGAGUGGCGCCCGCGUUCCGAGAGUGGCGCGGCGCGGCGAGGCGAGCGGUCCGCCAGCGCGUCACCGCGGUUCGACUGCUGCUCAGCGUCGAGCGUCGGCGCGUGGCGUGGGCGUUUCGUACUUGGAGUCACAACGCGGCGGGAUGCGCUCGCGCGAGGGUUCUGGACACCCGCGCGCACGCCGUGGCGUCCAGGGCCGCCGCCGCCGCGGUCGAACUCGCGGAGCGCAAGGCGACGGAGGCUUGGGAAGCUGCGAAGGAGUCGUCGUUGAAGGCGUCUUGCGGCCGGUUCAAAGAGGCUCGGGAACUUGCGGCGGCGGCGAAAGCGUUAGCCGUCGAGUCGGAGGCGGCGGAGCGCGAAGCCGCGGAGCAGGCCAGGCGCGCGGGGCCGAGCCUCGGGGCGGACGGCAAACGCGCGUGGGCCGCGUACGGCGCCGUGCACGGCGCGUCGGCUCGAGCGGCUGCGGCUGCGGCUGCGGCCAACGCGGCUUCGGAGUUUAAAGCCGCGGCGAAGGCGUAUUGCAACCGCAUUCUCCUCCGUAAGGUUUUCAGAGCCUGGGCGGAGUACUCCGAGUGGCUCAAGCCGUUGCGGGCCAAGGCGGGACGGGCGUUGUCGCUGUUCAAGAACAACUCGGUCGGUCGGACGUUUUACGCGUGGAUGGAUCACGCCAAGGAGGAGAGGGCUCGCCGCGAGGUCGACGCGGUGCGAGCGUACAUGGACAUCCACCAGGGCCUCAUCUCCAAGCACAUUCGACGAGGCCGAGCACCCCUCGGCGAGAAGGUCAACGUCGCGUCCUCCGCGCGGCGCGGCGCGUACGGGUCGUCCGUCGGCGAGAAGAGGCCCGCGAAGUCGACGGGCGCGCCCUCGAACGCGGCGGACAGGGCGGAGAGGCGAAGGGUGGCGGCGGCUGCGGCGGCGGGCAAGUCGGCGAGGAGGCGAGCCGCGGGCUUCGAGGAGGGCGACGCGGGGGACGGGCGCGGCGGGGGAUCGUGGGUCGCCGGAGGGGUGGACGCGUGGGUGGCGACGACGGCUCGAAUCACCGAUAGAUCCAGGAUCGGCAUUUUCCAGGUCACGGACCCCUCUUUGACCGAAGUGGAGGUGCUGGUCGUGGGAGGCGGAGGAGGAGGAAGCUCAAUUGAUGGCGGUGGCGGUGGAGGUGGGGCUGUUCUGUACUCUGCGAGCAAAACGCUGUCGUCGAGUUCCAUCACUGUCACUGUCGGUGGCGGCGGGACUGGCGGCUGGAGCCCUAGCGAAGGUGGCGCCAGCGCCUUCGACGGCAUGGUGGCAAACGGCGGGAAGGUCGGUACUGAAGAAGGUGGGCAUGGCGGGGCAAGCGGCUCCGAAAAUGCAGGUGGACUUGGAGACAGUGCGGGUGGCGGUGGCGGUGGCGCUGGAGGACCAGGGGAGGUAGGAAUCGGUACAGAUGCUGGUGAUGGCGGUCCGGGCGUUCAAUCGGCCAUAUCUGGUACCUCCAAUCAUUAUGGCGGCGGUGGCGGCGGCGGCGGCGCCUACGGCGGCACCCCUGGCAACGGAGGUUUGGGUGGCGGUGGGUCAGGCGGAUAUGGUGAGAAUGGUCAUUCGGGUUUAGCCUUCUCAGGCGGCGGAGGAGGUGGCGGUGGAGGUCGUGGAGGUCCGUAUGUUGGAGGGUCAGGCGGCUCCGGCGUCGUCGUCGUCCGCUACAAGAAGAAAUCCACAGGCACGCCGUCGUGCACGACGAGUCAGUACCUGAAGGACGGGUCGUGCGUGGCGUGCCCGCCAUCGAAAGGAGCAACUCCGAGUCAUCCGUCGGCGACCAGCACUGGAGGGUCCGCGACGUUUUGCACGUGCCCGGAGAACUACUACGCAUACGCCGGCAUGAACGCCCCAUCUAUGUAUGACUGGGCUUGCCAAGAGUGUCCGGUGGGUUCUUCUUUCAUAAAGAACGGAUCCGCGAUACCGACCGCGAACGGUGCGAGCGACACGUGCGACUGCAAGGCUGGCUACUACCUCGACAACACCGGGCUCAACUGCCACGUGUGUGCCCCCGGAACGACAAGUGCCGGAGGCCGUGUAACAGAGUGCUCGGCUAUCCCGAACAGCGACGCGCGCGCCACCGGCGGCACCACGAUCAUCACCGUCGGCGAUUACGUCAUCCAUAAUUUCACCUCCAACGGCACGUUCACCGUCACGGAUCCCUCUCUGACCGAAGUGGAGGUGCUGGUCGUGGGAGGCGGAGGCGGGGGAGGCGAUGAUACUGGCGGCGGCGGUGGAGGUGGGGCUGUUCUGUACUCUGCGAGCAAAACGCUGUCGUCGAGUUUAAUCACCGUCACUGUCGGUAACGGCGGCACUGGCGGCUGGAGCCCUGGCGAAGGUGGCGCCAGCGUCUUUGAUGGCAUGGUGGCAAAUGGCGGAAAGGCUGGUAUCGGGGCAGCCAAUGGUGGUAAUGGCGGGGCAAGCGGCUCUGGGAAAGCAGGUGCAUCUGGAAUCGGAUUUCGCACGGGUGGAGGCGGUGGUGGCGCUGGAGGACAAGGGGAGGCAGGAACCAAUGAAAAAGGUGGUGACGGCGGCCCGGGCGUUCAAUCAGACAUAUCCGGCUCCUCAAAUUCUUACGGCGGCGGCGGCGGCGGCGGCGGCAGCAAUUAUUACUAUACCGACCCUGGCAAUGGAGGAUUGGGCGGAGGUGCUCCAGGAGCGCAGGGUUCCGCUUCUCUGGCUUCUCAGGGUUCAGCCUUCACAGGGGGCGGAGGUGGUGGCGGUGGAUACAUGGCUAUCGGGGGUUCAGGCGGCUCCGGUGUCGUCAUCGUCCGCUACAAGAAGAAAGCCGCCAGCACGCCGUCGGUAGGAUCCAGCGACACACGCGCCACCGGCGGCAAGAUCACCACCGUCGGCGACUACGUCAUCCACAAUUUCACAUCCAACGGCACGCUCGCCGUCACGGACAACUCUCUGACCGAAGUGGAGGUGCUGGUCGUUGGAGGCGGAGGAGGCGGAGGCGACGCGAGUGGCGGCGGCGGUGGAGGUGGGGCUGUUCUGUACUCUGCGAGCAAAACGCUGUCGUCGAGUUCAAUACCUGUCACUGUCGGUACCGGCGGCACUGGCGACUGGAGCCCUGGCGAAGGUGGCGCCAGCGUCUUUGAUGGCAUGGAGGCGAAUGGUGGGAAGGCUGGUAAACCCAAUGGUGGUAUUGGCGGGGCAAGCGGCUCCGGAAAUGCAGGUGGAUCUGGAGCAUCUGGAGCAUUGGGUACUAUGGGUGGCGGUGGCGGUGGCGCUGGAGGACCAGGGGAGGCACCAAUUGGUUCAGAUGCUGGUGAUGGCGGUCCGGGCGUCGAAUCCGCCAUACAUGGUGCCUCCAAUUAUUAUGGCGGUGGCGGUGGCGGCGGCGGCGGCCCCAGCGCCACCCCUGGCAAUGGAGGGUUGGGUGGCGGUGGGCAAGGUAGGUACGGAAAAGCUUAUUCGGGUUCAGCCUUCACAGGGGGAGGAGGUGGUGGCGCCGGAGGUCCGUAUCCUGGAGGGACAGGCGGCUCCGGCAUCGUCAUCGUCCGCUACAAGAAGAAAGCCACCGGCACGCCGUCGUGCACGACGAGUCAGUACCUGAAGGAUGGAGCGUGCGUGGCGUGUGCGACGGGGACGACCAGCGCGGGCGGUAACGCGACAGAGUGCACCGCGUCGUCGUCAGGAUCAUCCCCAGGGCCACCUACAUCGUCGCCGGGGCCAUCGAGUCCAUCCCCAUCGCCUGCGCAGGAAAAGAAGGAGACGGCGGAGAAGACUCGCGACUCGAUCCUCGCCGACAUCGCGGACCCUGCGGUGAAGAAAAAGGCCAAGCUCCUCGCCGACGCGGCGAUUGCCGGCGAAACGGUUCAGAGACUGUCCGCCAAGCUCUCGGCCGCGGAUGCGGACGCCGCGUGCGCCUCCGCGUACUCCAAGGCGGCGGUGAGCUCGGGCAAGGGCGCGUGCGUCGCCAAGCCGGAUACCUCAGCAGCCGCCGGGAGACGCCGCCUCUCCGCGACGACGUACAACGUCGAGCUCAUGUUCAAAUCAUCCGAGGUGAGCGACGACGCGCUCGCGGCGGCUGCGAACGAGCUCAAGGCGAACGGCGUGGAGGGCGUGACGUCCCAGACGUCCGUGGAUCCGAUGCAGGAGCUCAAGGUCAUCCCCGGCAUCGACACCAACAAGCUUCAAACGUUUGACCGCGAGGCCAAGGCGGCGGCGGCGGCGGCCCCGUCGCCCUCGAGCGAGCAGCCUCCCCCGCCCCCGCCGCCGCCGAGCCCGCCGCCGCCGAACUUGGUGGAGGACGACGACGACGCGGCGGUGGGACAGGGAGGAAGGCUCGUCGCCUGCGUCGCCGCGAUGCUGGCGAUCGUGUUAGUCGCGGGGAUGCCUCGCGCGAGGUCGCACUACGAGGUUCUCGGCGUCUCCCCUGAUGCACCCUCGGACGAGGUCAGAAGGGCGUACCGAAGGCUGGCGCUCGUGCUCCAUCCGGACAAGCGAGCCGUGGGUGUGAGCGAGGAUGAGGCCAAGGAAAGGUUCCAGAGACUCGUUGAGGCGUUUAAGGUCGUGGGUGACGAGACCGGCCGCCGCGAGUACGACGAGUCGCACGCGUCGGAGAUAUUCGCCGCGGAGGCCACGGCACCCGCGGGCGGCGGCGUUCACGACAGAGACUCGUGGAACGACGUAAUCGCCAAACUGAACGCGCAGAGAGCCAAACGAAACAAGACGGCGGACAAGGAACGCGGCAAGAAGGCGUCGUCAUCCGGCGCACCCGACGCCGCGGAGGUCGGGGCCAAGCUCCCGUUCCCGGCGGCGCCCAGGCCGCUGGGCUGUUUGCCCGAGGAGAUCGUGCUGGAGGUGUUUGGCUGCGCGGGGGUGAGCAGGCUGGUCGAGGUGGAGGCUCGGCCGAGGAAAACCGCGGCCAAGGCUGGGUCGAUCACGAUACCCGACGGGGACUGGCGCCGGGUGCUGAGGAUGACGCUCAAGGAGACGGAGAUUUCGAGGCUGUGCGUCGCCAAGGGCCUCGAGCCGUCCACUUGCUACACGUUUCGAACGAGAGCCGGGGUGAGGACGGAGGAUUUGGGAGAGGAGUGGCGGGGCGAGGCGUCGCGGCUGGUUCCGGAGAUUUUCGGCCCGUGGAGCGACGAGAGCGCGAUGGCGAAGACGGCGGCGCUGUCCGAGAAGGAGGCGAUACGCCGGAUGCGCGCGGAGAAGCGGGACGAGGCUAGGGCGAUCGCCAAGAAGUCGAAGAAGAGCAAGAGCAAGAAGGAGAAGAAGAAAAAAAGCAAAAAGGAGACGCGCAAGUCGAGAAAACGGAAGAGGUCGUCGUCGGACAGCGACAGCGGCGACUCGAGCGACUCGUCGUGA